UCGUCCCGCUGUCAUGCACUGAUCACGCGUUGCCUUGCCUGCCAUUGGUCAAGGUCUCAUACACAUUUGUUUUUCAUUGGUAGCAUGUUGCCACCCGCCAGUGUGUUGUGAAUUUUGUUUUCUUUUUUUCUCCUCACUUGUUUCACUCAGCUGAGGCUGGACCUUGCUGGUCGAGGCGAAGUGAAUUCCGGCUGCAGUUCUCUCGAAGCGGGCGUUCAUUUCAGCCUCUUUGUUUCACUGUGUCACGCUGAAAGAAACAUUGUAACACAUUUUCUCGAUAUAACAACGCCUCGCGGAAGUAAAAAUCAACAGAAUGGAAACGUCAUUGCGGGGCGAUCGAAUGGAGCACUGUGUGGCCUUCCAAGGGAGAAAACGGAAGGCCAGCAGCAGCAGCAGCAGUGGUAGUGCUGGGCAUUCCCCCUCCCCCUCCACCACCACCACCACUCUGGAAUAUACCGACCUGGAGGCUGCGGAGGCUCUGGUGUGCAUGAGCGGCUGGGGCCACGCGUUGCUCCCCGGUCCAGGUGCUGCCGCUGCUGCUGCCGCUGCUGCCCUGAGGCUGCGGCCCCUCACUCCUGCGUCCGACUCCUGCGACCUGCCUGGGGACCACCCGGACACCGCCAACACCACCACGCUCACCCUCAUCCCCACACCGGCCCCCACCACCCCCAAGGACUACAUCUCUCUCUCCUCACUGUGCAUGACUCCCCCUCACAGCCCCAUUUUCACAGAGACCUCCGUCGCCAACAACGCCCCCCCGUCCACAAACAGCCGCCUCUGCUCUUCCAGCCUCCCUGCCUUCCCACAGACUCCCAGAGCAGCAGGCAUGGCCACCACCACCACCACUACCACCACCACCACCAUUCCUCAGGCCCCCUUUGCUAGAGUAUUCCCCGAAGCAGCAGCACCAUCCGGUGGGCUACCCUGCAGAGCCAUGGCCACCAGCGUCAUCCGGCACACGGCAGACAGCUCCCCUUGUCAACACAUUCCUCCAGCAGCCAGUGGUGUUGUUGCCCAUUCACAAGAGACGGUAAAGAGUGAGGAGCAGACAGCCUCAGACUGCCACGACCACCACCACCACAACUACCACCACCACCACCACCACACAGCCCCUUCAGCCCCCACUCCAGCAGCCCCCUCGCCCUGUAAGACUGAGCCCCCCUGCACCCCCCCCCCCCCCCUCCACCCCCAGUUACACACUGUCGACAUGAGUCUCCUCUUGCCACGGGUCCCACAGUCCCCACCCCCCACCCCCAGUCCACCAAUCCUGUGCCAGACAUUCCCCGUGAACAGCCAACCGAUGGGGGGCAUGUUGUCGGCCCUCAUCCAGAGCCCCUCGUUGUCCUCGUCCUCCUCCUCGUCCGCCCAGAGGCCUGGCGUCGUGGGGGUGAAGUCCAUCCUGCCUCAGCCUCUUCUGGUGGGCACGGCGGUGCCUCAGGGCGCUGUCAUAUUCGUGGUGCCAUCUCAGGCGACGCCGGCUGCCCCACUCCACCACCACCACCAGCAGCACCAGUCCUUGGUGACGAUGGGCAACACACACAAGCUGCUCCCUCUGGCUCCAGCGCCCGUCUACAUGCCCUCGGGCGGGCAGAGCAGCGCGCCGCAGGUGGACUUCUCCCGCCGCCGCAACUACGUCUGCAACUUCCCCGGCUGCCUCAAGACCUACUUCAAGAGCUCGCACCUCAAGGCACACCUCCGAACGCACACAGGUGAGAAGCCCUUCAGCUGCAGCUGGGACGGCUGCGACAAGAAGUUUGCCCGCUCGGACGAGCUGUCGCGCCACCGCCGCACGCACACGGGCGAGAAGAAGUUUGUGUGCCCCGUGUGCGAGCGGCGCUUCAUGCGCAGCGACCACCUGACGAAGCACGCGCGCCGCCACAUGAGCACCAAGAAGAUGCCCUCCUGGCAGGCGGAGGUGCGCCACCUCAACAAGAUGGCCGCCGCCGCCAACGCCGCCGCCGCCACCACCAUGGCCAACAAGAUGGCGCCAUCACCCGUUAGCAUGCUCAUCUCCGCCUCGAACUGAAACUCAGUGAUGCACAGACACUAACACACAUGCAAACAUGUAUACACACACACACACACAUGGAACUCAGUGAUACAGACACCAACAUGCACGCAAACAUACAUACACACACCAACACUCAUGGAACUAAGUGAUGCACAGACACACAUAAACACACAAACAUAUACAAUACACUAACACACUCAUGGAACUCAGUGAUGUGUAUAGACACCAACACUUACAUAAACAUAUAUACACACACACACACACACACACACUCUCAUGGAACUCAGUGAUGUGCACCCCUAACAAACAUACACAACACUCAUGGAUAAAUGCUGACCUCUUUGGGGUACACUAUGAAAAGGGUUAAGUGAUUUAAAAAACUGUCUGGUUAAACCCAGAGGUAGUUGCAGACCUCGCAGAGGCUGUUGACAUUUGUCUAGGUAAGGGAAUUAACCUGGUGUGAUAUACUCAGGUAGCAAGUGCAAUAGCGCUACUUCUGGGUUAACUAGACGAGUUUGUCACUUCACUUCAUUUUUGUACUACGCCCCCUCUUGGCUGAGAGAAGAAAAACAAUUGAUUUUUUUUUUUCGUUAUGUUUUUGUAAAACAAAACAUAUCAGCACACAGAAGCACAAGGCUGGCAGGCCCCGCUGCAGACGGACACACCCAAACAAACAGGCAAUGCACUGGACUCCCCUCUGUUUGUUGUGAUUUAUCUGACUCUCUCAAUGUCUUGUUUUUUGCUCACAUGUAACUAAUUCAGUGAGUGUUUUUGUUGUUGUUAUUGUUGUUUACUUGCAUACGCUGUGUACAGUGUAUUUAAUAUCCCUUUGCCAAAGUUUUUUUGUUUGUUUAAUGUCUGUGUCUUUUACACUAUGUGUCUGCCUUUUUUGUACAUACGUAUGUGUUUGUAUCCAUCUCUGAAUGUAUGGAUAUCCUGUAAUGCAUUAAUUUUUACGAAAUACAGGAAUUUAGUCGUUGUUACAUACAGUACAUCAUGGAAAAAAAUCCCUUAAGUGGGCAGUAAUCAACACUGUGAUUCAUUACUGUUUGUGUUUUAUUUAAAUGCUCAUUUUUUUAGUAAACAAUUAUGUUGCAUAUCAA